CUGUCAUGGCACCGAAUGAUAAAUUUUUAUUGAAUUUUAUGUCUGUGAAAAACAAAUUUCGGAAUAAGUCUAAGUUCUGUUUUCAGAUGAGACAUAAUACACAAUAAAAUGGCACAGACAAAUCCCCAUGGAUACGUAUUUUCUCCAGAAUACAAUGUUUUAAUGCAGGCCAUAACAACAAGCAAUGGUCUUGCAAUUCAACAAAUCUUAGCUGGAAGCCCUGACCUGAUUCACAUUAAAGGUUGGCAUGGUAUGACAGUGUUACACAGAGCUUGUCUAGGAGGGAACUUUGACGUAAUCCAUUUGCUAUUACGAGCAGGAUCUGAUCCAAACAUACCAAAUAACAACGGUGAAACAUCGACUCAUUUUGCGUGCAAGCGUGGAAAUGCGUCCGUAUUACAUUUGAUUUUAGAAUUUGCUGGAGAUAUAACUGCUGUGGACAGACAAGGUCGUGGAGCUGUUCAUCAUGCAGCAGAAUCGGGCAGUGUGUGUUUGCUUCAUUACCUACAUACUGUAUGUAAUUUAGGAUUUCAAGUCGUUGAUUCACGAUUACAGACCCCAUUUCAUAUUGUGUGUACGUAUGGUCAUAUGGAUACGUUAAAAUACUUCCUACGUAAUCAGCGACACAAUGCCAUAAAGAUGAAUAUAGAUGGUGACACACCCCUUCAUAUCCUGGCAAGAGAAGGUCACAGUCAUCUGUGUUGGUUGUUAUUAUGUGAGACUGGAUGUGAGGCUCUACACACUGUAAAUAAUGCUGGAUAUAAUCCCAAGGAUCUGGCUGAACAAAGAGAUAAAAUUGGGCAUAGAGAGAUAACUCCAGUUUUACAACAUUUCUACAAUUUAUCCAAGUAUAACAGAUCAAUACAAGUUAAAGGCCCUGUGUUGCUAUGGUACUGGUUUCUAUUGAUGCCAGCAGGAAUUUAUGGUCUAUUAAUAGUUUUAUCUCGUUUCGUCCCACCUGUGUUUCAAGGAAUUAUUUUUCUCGUUGGUUUAUUUUACAUCAUGUUUACCCAGGCUAAACAACUUCAUCGUCUUCAACAUGUCUGUAGGUGGCCAAAUCCGAUGUAUGCUGGUGUUUUUGGAGCUGGUUUAUUUCAUACGUUUCUGGCUUAUUUUAUUGUAAUCUUUCCUCAUGUUUUACAGUAUAGCCUAUUAUUAAUAUUGUCUCCUCUUUUAUUAUCUGUACUUUUAUAUUUAUACUGGAAGGUCCUGACUAUAGACCCAGGAGUAGUGAAGAGUAGUUGUUAUGACUACCAGUUUAGAAGAGAGUUAACCCUUCUAGAUCUGUGCCAGCCACCAAGAAAAGUAGAAGAUUUUUGUAUUGAAUGCGAGAUUGUGAAACCACGUUUGACGAAACACUGUAAAUUAUGUCGAGAAUGCUACCAGGAUAUGGAUCAUCAUUGUUUGUUUUUAUUGCGAUGUGUUGCCGGAAAUAACCAGAUCUAUUUCGUCUGGUUCAUCUGCGUCUGCUUAUUAUCCAUGUUUAUAUUCGUCUGCAUCGCGUUAUUUCAUUGUCAUAAUUUUUAUCACAGACUCCCGAUCCACGAGAUGGUCGGACAGAUGUUUUUACACGAUUCGUGGCUGCUUAGUUUGAUGAUAAUGAAUGUUCUAUCGAUGGUGUGGGGCGUGAAUUUACUGCGGACUCAGUUUACCGUGAUAGCAGAAGGUUUAACAAAUUAUUUCCGACCUGCUGGUUAUGAAAGUGUUCUCACUGCUAAAGAAAAGCUGCUGAACAUUGUUUAUUUUAUGCUGGGAAAACCUCCAUUUGUUAAAAAUCCCCAAGGAGAAAGAGAAUCUCAUAUACAUGUAUGAGAAAUUGACACCACAUAUUCCUGGAUACCAAAUGUAACCGGGGGGUGGGGGGGGAGCUUCAUUUAAAGAUACAUUAUAGGAGAUUAGAUAAAGAGCUGGCAGUUCUCACUAUAAUAG